UCGCAGAGACUUGUGGGUAAAAAGGAGGACCGUUGUUUUGCCAUGGCGACGGGGACGCUUGUUUUUGUUUUUAACGGACACACGGUGCUCUUAGCAUUAUUCUUUUUAAUAAACACUCAUUUGUUUUGCUGUCAGCAGUUUAUCAUCCCCCUGGAGGCGCCCUCGGAUUGUGGCGAGGAAGAAUUUUUUGAUACAUCAAGUUUGUCUUGCGCAAAGUGCGGUUCGAAUCAGCGCCAGAGCACAACAGGGCUGAGCUGCAUUUGCCAAAGUGGGUUCAAAACCACAAAUCUCACCUCAGAUAAAGCGUCCAUCACUUGCGAACAAUGCCCCACGAGCAAGCCGGCAGUCACAACGGAUGGGUUUGGAUGUAUUCGCUGUCCAGGAAGCCUCAGCGAUCAGGGGAAGUGUCAGUGCCCAACUGGCAACAUCCUGGUGGAAAGAGAUGUCAAUGGCAACCUCCUGGAAGUGGCCAGAUGUGAGGCAUGCAACAAUGACAGCCCUGCUCUGUCUGUACCCAACAUCAGAGGAGACGGAUGCGAGCGAUGUCAGACCACCUUUAUAAAUACCUCCUGUGUGUGUACUUCUCCCAACGUCCUGGCAGGAGGAUUGUGUUUUCCUUCUGGCAGCAUUUCAUCCGAUGUGAAUCCCAGUGUUAACUUUGCUCAGUUGAAGUUCAGCAUCCAGUCCGCCUGGUUUGUGGAAAACCUCUACUCCUCCUCAGCAGCAUGCCUAGUCUUCUCGAACCUGACGGCGUGUCAGGCUCUGGGGAACAUGUGUGUGAUGAGCAUGCACUCCGUCAGCGGUCUGUCCUCUGAUGCUUGUGGUCUGUUUUACACCAUCUUCAGAUCCAAGGCCGCCUUGAGCUCGGUCCACAACAUCGCCUACUGGAGAGCUAACCUCCCGUGGCUUUACUACGGGGAUGAACCGGGACUCGCCGGACGAGUCCUUCAGACAGACCCCGUUCCCGUUGUCUUUAGUUUCAGGCUAAAUAAAAAGAACACAGACAUUAAACUGCUUGCUGCUGUUUAUAACGUCAGAGGGGAAUUCCUUAGAUGGGAACAAGUAGGAGGACGUAACCUGCAGUUUUGUCCGGAAUCGGCCACCAAACAGGAAACGGCCUUCAGCUUCGGAACGGCCUACCAACAAAGCUGUGAUCUCUCGGUUGCAGACCUGCUGGUUACCCACCCUGAACCGCUGUUCUAUGAUGUUUUUAUGGACCUUGGAGGAGAUAAAAGAAAACUUCUUCCUCUUCCGACCUUGGUCAGAAACCAGCAGUACAACGGACAGUUCAUCAACCAGGAGAACAUGAGAAACUGGUAUCUUUCUCGACGGAUGUUUCUCGUUGACACACUGAGUGGAAGAGAGAAGAGUUUAAGUUCUUCACCUAAAGUCAUUCGCGUGGCCACCAGCGUCAAAAUCAAGUUCCAGCUGGUUCCACGAACCCAGGGGGGGCAGAUCUUCCCCCCUCUGAUGAUGGUGACCUACACAGAUGUUCUCGUCACAGAUGUCAACACUCAGACUGUGUCUGUGACCUUUGCAAUGGAGUAUGAGAUGGAUCAGACUGAGGCUCGAACUAAAACAGAUACUGCUCUUGGUGUGCUGGGUGGGCUGGCCGUGCUCUACUCUCUGCUGAAGACAGUCAGCUAUAAGAGAAGGAUCGCCUCCCCCCUCAUCGAUGCACCUACCAUACUGAAGUUUCUGUUGUUUUACGCCGGAGAUCUGGCCAACGUUUUCUUCGCUGUCACCGUGGGAACUGGUCUAUACUGGCUCAUCUUUUAUAAGGCCCAACAGUUCGUAUCAGUGCUGCUGCCCCUUCCUUCUCAGGAGGAGCCGUUUGUGACCUACGUUGGUUGUGCCUUUGCUCUGAAGGCUGUCCAGUUUCUGCACAAGCUUUUUCUGCAGGUGUCAGUCGAUAUAUUCCUAAUCGACUGGGAGCGGCCUCGAACGAAAUCGAGCAGAUCUGUGCCAGCUACCGAGGAGACCAGACACAACUCCGCUCCAGUCAGCAUCUGGAGGACCUACUUUGUGGCAAACGAGUGGAACGAGCUCCAGACCGUCCGCAAGAUCAGCCCGACUUUUCAGAUUGUUGCAGUGCUCUUCUUUCUUGAAGUUCUGGGUUUCUCUAACCUGGCUCUAAGAGACCCCUGGGCAACUCUGGAGCGCCCCCCACAGGCCUACACCCCUCCUUACAGCCUGACUCUGCGGUAUGGUGUGGCUGCUACACUUUGGCUCUGCAUUGGGCUUCUGCAGGUGAUUUUCUUCACUGUCUUUUAUGAGCACUUUGUGGAGGACAAAAUACGCCAGUUUGUAGACCUCUGCUCUGUCAGUAAUUGCUUUACACACAUCCGCCGUGUGUGUCUCGUGGAGGUCUCUGUGCUGCUUCUGUCCUGUCGCUGUUUCGGCUACUACAUCCACGGACGCUCGGUGCACGGACACGCCGACACAAACAUGGAGGAAAUGAACAACAAUCUGAAGAGAGAGCGAGAGUCCCUGUGUGGUCAGCGAGGUCUGGUUCCCAACUCAGACAUUCAGACCUUUCAGGUGUCCAUCACAAACCGCCUGAGGAUGCAGUAUGACCGGAUACAGGAUUCACUCAGCAGGAGGAGCAGACCCUCACGACUGAUAGACGCGUCCACUGCUAACUUGUCAGAGCUACAGUUCCGAGCCUACAACACCAUGAACCACUUCCUGGGAUCCAUCAUUGACCAUGGUCACCCGGAUAUGGACUACGCUGUGAGGGACAAACUGAUGAUGGAGCGGGUCAUAGGGAUGGAGUUCAUGGAAGCCACUGAUAAAAGCUUGUUUUAUAACGACGAGGCGCACUCCUUCAGCGAUGUGCUCUUUUAUGGAAACGAGGCCACGCUGCUGAUCUUCGACACUUUGUUCUUCUGUGUUGUCGACCUGGGAUCUCAGAGCUUCGUGCUCGCAGCUGUUCUCACAUACGUGCAGCAAACGAUAUUUCGCUUCAUCCGUAACAGCCUGGGAAGAAGGAACCUCAUCAACAAAACACUGGUCGAUCAAAGAUUUCUGAUUUGAACAUGUUUUGUUUUUUUAUGGCAUCAUUUGGCGGCUUCUCCUACACAGAUGUUUACUUUUCACAUGCGUGUUGUUUUGAUAAAUUGCUUUUACAGUUCUUUUGAGGUAACGUGUUCUGUUCUGGAAAUAUUUCUAUGUUUUUACUGAUUAAAUUGUUUUUAAAAAGCA